AUGCGAUUGUGCCGUCCGACGGUCCACGUGGACACCUCCCCUCUCAAAUUCAAUCCCUGCGACCUCCUUUUCAGCGAGGACCUGUUCGACGAUCCAAUCGCCGCCGCCGGUCUCCCCUGCUUCCUCAGCAGCCAAUCGAAUCCCUCUGUCGUGGAUCCCUUCGAUCUUAGCUACCGCAACAGAUUCCUCCUCCAGCACCCUACCGACUCGCUCGACCUCCCAGGCCUUCUCGUCCUCCCCCAAUCAUUUGGGCUGAAAUCCAAACAGAAAGAUAGAGGAUACUGCUUCUGGAUACAUUCACCUGUUGAAUCAGUACGUGUUGGGGGGCGAUACGAUUUUAUUGUGGAGCAUGAUGUGAAAGAACUUGGUGCACACACCUUGGUGUGCACUGCACUUUACACUGAUGGUGGAAAUGAGAGGAAGUAUCUCCCACAGUUUUUCAAGUUUGUAGUUUCUAACCCCAUCUCAGUACGGACAAAGGUACUCUUUAUUAUAAGAUAUCCAUGUCAUGACACAACGUUUUUGAAGGCGUGUUUAGAAAAUCAUACAAAAUCUCACCUUUAUAUAGACCAAGUUGAAUUCGAGCCAGCUCAGCAUUGGGUUGCAACUGUGCUAAAAGCUCCUGAUAAUUCCUUUGAUCAUAAUCCAUUAGCAAG